UAUCGCUCGGACUAGUAGAUUAAUAGAAAAAAAAUAAAAUAAAGGUCUCGCCUUUGGGGGAGUAAGUAGUUUCUUGACAUGUUCUUCUAUCUCAAAAUUGGGGUAUUUAUUUAGCUGACGCGACGACGGCGACGAGGAGGAGGUCUCGCAAUUUUUAAUCUAUAAUCAAUUGAAGGCUUGUUUAUUAUAAAACUCCAAUUUGUGUGAGAUUCAGACAGAACCAUCAGAUAUGGAAGACGAUAUGUGGUGCGUUAGCUCAUCUGGUUCUUCCAGAAGCUAUCGAUCAGAAACUGCUGCUAAGUAUCAAUCAGGUCCUUAUCUAGAUUUGGAAGAGUUUGAUGAAGAUGGAGAUAUAGCAGUGGAUUACCCGUGCCCGUUUUGCUCAGAUGAUUAUGAUUUGGUUGAGUUGUGUCGCCACAUCGACGACGAACAUUAUCAGGAAGAUAACAAUGGGACAUGUCCGGUUUGUAGCAAAAGGGUGAAGAUGCAUAUGGUGAAUCAUAUAACAACACAUCAUAGAGAUGUCUUGAAGAGUGAACAGAAGGAAAUGUCGUACAGGGAAGAUCCAUAUUCCUCGGAUAAAUAUUUUCAAUCUCCUCAUGAUGAGUUUCCGCCAUUUAUGAAUCAGCAUCAUACCUCUAAAUCCGUUGUUUCCGAUAAGUUUUUAUCAUUCAUCAACAACACUCCACUGCCAAAUCAGACCGAGCUCGUGCAGUCUGAUUCGAGUGUAGAAGACAAGAAUUUGAUUAAGGAUUCGUCAGCAGCAAAAGAGGGGAAAUCGUCGUCUCCUUUAUUGGAUAGUGAACAAUUGGAGAAGGCAAAGAAGUGUCAGUUUGUACAGGGACUAUUAUCAUCAGCCAUGUUUGAUGAUGGAUGUGACUUCUUCUGAGUUGAAUAGAAGAAUAAAGAUGUGAAGUCUCCAAUGGCUAAAAGGCAGGUGGUUGGCAUUGUUGUAAUUGUAUUGAGCCCUAUUUAUGUAUGCAUCUUAUUUCAGACAUUACACAAGCUUAUAGUUUAUAAUAUAAGCUGAUGAGCUUUUAGUUUGUCUAUUCACAAGAAUCUUUAUCCCA